AUGAUUAUUUCAUAUACUCAUAUCGUUUCUCUUCAUACCGGCAUUCAAGCUACACUCUCAAAAUUACGACAACAGUAUUGGAUUAUCAAAGCUCGAAGUUUAGUCAAAUCAAUUAUUUACAAGUGCGUUAAAUGCACACGGGAGAAGGCUCAAGUAGCUAAUCAAAUGAUGGGCCAACUUCCCAAUAGUCGCGUAUCAGCACCCACUCGGGCAUUCUCGCACAGCGGUGUCGAUUACGCUGGCCCCGUACUCACACGCGCAUCAGCUGGUCGAGGAAUCGCCUCUCGAAAAUCUUAUAUAGCAAUUUUUAUUUGUCUAGCAACUCGUGCUAUUCACUUGGAGCUAGUCAGCGAGUAUUCCACCUCCACCUUUCUGAAUGCAUUUCAACGAUUUUGCGCCAGGAGAGGUUUACCCGAAGUCAUGUAUUCGGACAAUGGCACCACUUUCACAGGAGCCGAUCGAGAAUUAGCACAAGCCUUUCGAGAUGCGCAACGCGAUUCCAAUUUUCUUAAUCUUAUCGCUUCAGACAAUAUACAUUGGAAAUUCAUUCCCCCUCACGCGCCCCAUUUCGGAGGGCUCUGGGAAGCUGGUGUCAAAAGCGUCAAAUAUCAUCUUCGUUGCGUGUUAGGGUCACAUACUUUAACUUUCGAGGAGUUCACAACUCUACUAUGUCGAAUUGAAGCUUGCUUAAACUCCAGGCCUCUCUCUCCACUCACUGAUUCAUUGGAAGAUUACGAAAUUCUCACUCCAGGUCAUUUUUUCAUCGGCUCAGCACUCACUACCAAUCCCGAGCCUUCCAUUCUGCACCUUAAUGAAAACAGAUUGUCGCGAUGGCAGUUAUUACGGCAGAUAACGGAACGCUUUUGGAGGUUGUGGCAAACCGAUUACAUUAACACCCUUCAACAAAAAACAAAAUGGCGUAAAGAAAAACCGUCAAUUCAAAUUGGUUCGUUGGUUUUAAUUCAGAAUCCGUUACUCCCUCCAUGCAAAUGGGAAUUAGGACGUGUCAUUCAAUGUCAUCCAGGCUCUGACGGAUUAACGCGAGUUGUCUCAAUCAAGACUGCAAGCUCAGAAUAUAAGCGACCGAUCACGAAGAUAUGCUUACUUCCGAUAGAAGUUAAGUCCAGCGAACAAGUCUCGAGUCCCAUCGCACUGUAA